GACGAUUUUGCCCUCGUCCUUUUGGAAGAUGCCAACGAGCAGAUCUACAUCACUGACGAGCCCUCCAUGUUGACGACUCGUGAUCCAGACAUUGCGGAGAAGGUGGAGGCAGAAGACGUGUGGCUACAAGACUUGGUGCAAGGUUAUUACUCUUCGAUGUGCCCGGCUUUGGCGGAUGAGUUGUUGUCUGCUAUUUGUCGCACUGCCAACAUCCAGAAAAUUUCGUCCUUCUUGAAAGAAAACUCCAGUGCCAAAGUGGUGGGCAUGGAUGGCAAACCUCGCCGUACAUUGAAGAGACGCAGCCGUGGAGUGCCUUGGCAUACGACUUCCAAAGCACAGAAGAGCAGACAUGACAAUGGUAAAAAACCGAAUGCCCGAAAUAGAAAGAAGAAUGCGCAGAGAAAAGCAAAAGCGAAAAAAAGAUGUUACGAAAGUGAAUGUGCAAGCUGGUCCGACAAGAGACGCAUACAGAAAGAUGAAGCUCUCUGGCUGUGCAUGGACACCCAAACACGGCAGUGCGGUGGCAAACUCAGCAGGCAAAGAUGGAAGACUUGCGCUCAUCGCGGGUUCGGUCGCCUUUGUUUUCGACGCCAAGACUGCGAACAAUAUUGGGACGUCCUCGUCUCCGUCGUGAGGUUGCCUCUUCUCGUUGUCUGGCGCUUGCUGGAACUCUACUUCGACCACUGUCCUGUGUUGUCCGCGCAAGCCAUUGGAUGUUCUUUGGGUUUGGUCGAAGCAGAUGGCACUUCUGUACCGAGUCGCCCGCAAGGAUCAGCAACUUUGUACUACCAGCUCUAUGGCAUGGUGCAACGCGCGCCAGUGGAGGUGGGCAAGUGGGUUGAAGCAAAGGAGCAGGUAAAGGAUGCCAAGAGGGGGGCAGUGCUCCGCAAAUCAGACUUCCAGAUGCAGGAGACGUGUGGAUUCCUGGAGCAUUUCAACAAUUUCUGUGAAAAAACUGAUAGGUCCCUGAUUGCCCCGGUGGCCCUCACAGCCUUCAAGGGAAGCCCUGCGUCUCCGGAAGUUUUGUGCAGCAUCAGCAUGUCAGGAAAAGGCUCCGCCAACUCGCGGCUGCUCAACGAGGCCAACCUCAUCGAGUUGGACAGCGAUUCGGCGGAGUACAUGGGAUCCACCGCCGGCACCAAGGCUGAGCUGAUUGAGAACAUUUUGGACAUGAGCAAUUGGAGGAAUGGCCUGAGCCGCCAGUUGAGAGGCUUAACUGUGGCCAUGGGUGGCAACCAGUCCGACACGAUGACCACCAGCAUGAACCCGAACCCGAACAUGACCGUGACCGAAACCACCACCAUGGAAGACGAUGAUGACGACACCACCACCACCGAUGGGUUUUCUGACCACAUUGAGGGAAAGACGGACAGCAACGCUGCGGCCACGAGCUUCCUGCUGGGUGGGGGACCUAGUGGACCGCUUGGGGACCCCGGGGGACGGGUUUUCUCAAGGCGCUAUGAUGCUGGUGGUGCGGCUGCUGUAAGCAGGUGUCCCACUUCAUUGCUGACGCGCAUCACGUGCACCACGUGCCGAAAGUGCCGCGGGCUUUGGUGGCAUGCAGAGGCCUGUGCGAUGAGGGGCGCAGGCAAUUUCGACUCCUCCGACGUAACACGGAUCAAUGUUCAAUCAACUGGGUCCAAUGGAGAAGCACCACGAGUGGUCACAACUCCAUACGGCUUAAACCUCUUGAACUUGCGAGACUGCGCCUUCGUGGGGAUCUAUGGUGACAAG